GCCCGCCCCUCCGGCCGCCUCUGCCGCCGCGCGCCGCAGCAGCGCCGCCUCCUCUGCGCAGUCGGUGUCUCGGCGUCGCUGGGGUGGGACUCAGCCAUGGGCAAGCAGAACAGCAAGCUGCGGCCGGAGAUGCUGCAGGACCUGCGGGAGAACACGGAGUUCUCCGAGCUGGAGCUGCAGGAAUGGUACAAGGGCUUCCUCAAGGACUGCCCCACCGGCAUCCUCAACGUGGACGAGUUCAAGAAGAUCUACGCCAACUUCUUCCCCUACGGCGACGCCUCCAAGUUCGCCGAGCACGUCUUCCGCACCUUCGACACCAACAGCGACGGCACCAUCGACUUCCGGGAGUUCAUCAUCGCCCUGAGCGUGACCUCUCGCGGCCGCCUGGAGCAGAAGCUGAUGUGGGCCUUCAGCAUGUACGACCUGGACGGCAACGGCUACAUCAGCCGGGAGGAGAUGCUAGAAAUCGUGCAGGCCAUUUAUAAGAUGGUUUCGUCCGUGAUGAAGAUGCCUGAGGACGAGUCGACCCCGGAAAAGAGGACUGAGAAAAUCUUCCGCCAAAUGGACACGAACAACGACGGCAAGCUGUCACUGGAGGAGUUCAUCCGCGGGGCCAAGAGCGAUCCAUCGAUCGUGCGCCUGCUGCAGUGUGACCCCAGCAGCGCCUCCCAGUUCUGAGCCCAGAGGAGCCAGCCCGCCUCCCCGCCUCCCCCGGCCCUCAGCUUCCUCUCCCUCCCUCGUGUCUAUCCAGGCUGGGGGCCACACUGGGGAUCCCUUCCCGGGGUCUGCACUGUGGGGGGGGGGGGGCUCUGGAGAAGCGAACCCUGCAAGAAAGGGGCUAAGCGAGGCAGCAGUUAGCACCCACGGCCCUAGAGGCCGAGUCUCCCUUAGCGGGACCAAGAUGACCCUGUGGUUUGGUCUGUCCGGGUUAU